CCUGGAGCCGGAGUCGCCGUCCAGCAGUUACCCGGCCGCGGGACCGACCGUGACCAGCGGGCCCCGCACCGAGUCGACCCCGGCUGUGUCGCAGCCAUCCCGGGCGGGACCGACGGGCCCUUCGGAGCGUCUGAGUGGUGCUCAGGCACAGCAAUCGGCGAGUGCUCAGCCGCAGCAACCGAUGGGCUCCCAGGCACAGCAGUCAAUGGGUUCCCAGGCGCAGCAGCCAACGGGUACCCAGGCCCAGCAACCGAUGGGUUCUCAGUCCCAACAGCCGAUGGGUAGCCAGGCGCAGCAAAAAAUGGGUUCUCAGUCCCAGCAGCCGAUGGGUAGCCAGGCCCAGCAACAGAUGGGCACCCAGGCGCAGCAACCGACAAGUGCCCAGGCCCAGCAACCAACAGGUACCCAGGCCCAGCAGUCCACAGGCCAGACCAACCAAGCGGGCGGGGGAACCAACGGGACCACGGGCAAGGACACUGUGCAGCAGGGGGCCAAAGAAGCCAAGAAGAAGCGCGGAUUCUUCAGCAAGCUGAAGGAAAAGUUCAAAUAGCCUGUUCUCCUCCUAACCUUGUUUCUCUCUAUCGUUAAGUCAUUGUCUAUACCUUAUGUUUAUGCCUGAUGUUUAUUCUUGUGUGUUCCGGAGGAUAUUGGUUAUGCCAUUGGACGCAGCACUGUUCGUAUAUCUAUAAUGACCAC